AAAUUUAUAUAAAAAACGGUUUUUACUAAAGAAAAUUUGAAUCCGGAUGACAGUUUGGUUGUCAGAAUCGCCAAAAAAACAAAACAAACAAAUCGUGACCGCAACGGAAACUACAAGAGAUCGUCGUAAAACGGAUUCGGGAUGGCGGAGUUAAAUUUAAUCACCGAAUUUAUCGCACAAAUCACUCCUACCAACCGGCAAAUCCAGCGGACCGGAGGCAUCACACAAGAAAGGUUUGCCGAAAUCUGUUCGCUCCCAGGAGCGCCGCAAGCCUUGCAACGGUCGAUUGCGGAAUCCGUUUCUGCGCUUCAAAGUGGGAUGAGCGAGGAAAUAAACAGCACAGCCUUUGAGGACAUUUUUAAUGCCGUGAUUGGACAGCUGGAAUCCUUCACCAGCUUGGAACAGUAUGUUUGGCUCGUAAGAAUGGUCGUGGCAGCAGAACUGGUUCGUGGACUACCGCGACAGUCCGCAAACAUUCGACGGAAACUACGGUGGAAAGUGGAAUCAAUUCCGCUGGACAAAUUCAGCCACUCUCCUGCUUGUAUCCAUGUCGUGACGAAAGCCUUGGUGGAAGGUGUGCCCCUGGAAGGGCUCAAUUUGGAGCACGCCAUCGAUCAGCUAUCGGUAUCGCUUUCCCAGUUGCAGCGCUACGUUGCAGUGGCCCUCUUGUUCGUCGGAUUAGAUGCGAUACUGAAGCCACAGCAAAAAACUGCCGAACCAUAUCAAAUGCAUACUGUUGAUACCUUCCUCGGUUAUCUUGAGCUGCUUAAUCUCCGCACCCUCAGCAUUCAAUUGAACGACCUUCAGGCAUUAUACAAUCUGUUAAGGUUGCUAGGCCUGUAUCAAAACAUGGUUAUCAUGCGACGAUAUGAUAAGGAUGAGCUGGAACGUGAACAUAAGCAGUAUGCGGAUUAUUUUCGCGUUCGUCCCGAGCAGAGGAAUACAUUUUGGGAAUGGUUGAAAAAAUCAAGCUCCCUGGUGACCUGUAUGAGCACCAACGAUCCUGUAGACAAGUUGAUAUUGGCUGAUCUCUUUGAAAUCGAUAUGCUGCCUCUUUUCGAUGAUAUUCUAGAGGAGGAAGGUGUCAAUUAGAAUCAUUGCGUUUAUAAAAUUGUCUUAUUUCGCACAUUUGCUCAUGUAAAUAUAUUGAACAUUAUCAUGCGAUUUCA